AUGGCAGUUGAUAAAGCUCUAUAAUUUUAGCCUAAAUUUCUUUGUUUGGUAACUUAUUUAUUCUCUUGCGUCAAAGGAAAAGUUUCAAACGCAGUUUCUUGUCACAAGAACUGCGUUUGCCUGUAUGCGUAUGGUAGAAGAGAAAUGGAGGCAGAAUAACGGUUCCAUCUCUUCGUAAGCAAUCACUUUUUUUUCAACUACAUAUAUUGAGCUUCUUAGUUUGAAGAAUGAACAUAAUUUUUCCGGGAGACGGAGGACGAAGGGACCUUCACGAUGUCGAAAGAAGACGACGAUGAGAGAAGGCUGAACCAGUGUCUUAGCAAGUACCGGAUAAUUGCAAAGCAGUGUGAUGAACUUGUGGAGAUUAUGGAGGCGAAAAGCAGAACACCAAAGCGACGAAGGGGCACUAAAGGGAAUGGCAGUUCCUCUGCCUCUGCAUCGACAACUCAACCUGACAACAAUGACGCAUUUGUGCAGACUGUAUCCAGAUUUCUCCAGGAACUGAGAGACUGCUCCUCAAGCAAUCCUCCUCCAGGAAUAGAAUGACUAACAUUUGUUCUUUGUCAAGUAAAAGAUCGAUACCUAGGCAGCAUAGUCCCUAAAUUUGUUGCACUUAAUACAAGACUUGUUUAACAGCUAAGACAAACUUAUAUGAAUAGCAUAAAAUAUGAAUAAAUUU